ACUUACAAAACUACCCACUACCUGUAUCUCAUUGGCAGGUGUUUAAACUUUAACAACCACCAACAGCUUCUACUAUGCUCAUCUUCAACCAUUCCAGAACCCUGACCUUUACUUUGAUGGGCAUCCCAGGCUUAGAAUCACAGCACUUGUGGCUAUCUCUUCCUUUCUCCUUCAUGUUUUUGGCUAUCCUCAUUGGCAAUGGUGCUAUCCUCAUCUUGGUGGCCACAGAACCCACACUUCAUACACCAAUGUACCUGCUCCUGGCCCUGCUGAUGGUGGCUGACCUCAUAUCUACUCUGGCUCUGUUGCCCAAGCUGCUCUGCCUCUUCUGGUUCAAUGAUCAGGACAUAGCUUUCAAUGCUUGUUUCAUCCAGAUGUUUUUCAUCCAUGGAGCAUCUGUGGUACGAUCAGCUCUACUUGUUGCAAUGGCUUUUGACCGCUUCGUGGCUGUGUGUAAACCAUUGCACUACAACACAAUUCUGAACCAUUCCUUAGUUGGACGCCUGGGACUAGUAGCUCUAGCCAAGGGUGUGAUUCUUGUCCUGCCUAUGCCUCUUCUACUUCAGAGGUUGACAUUCUGCCACAUGGUCAUUCCUCACACUUACUGUGACCACAUGGCUGUGGUAAAAAUGGCCUGUGACCACACAAGACCUAAUCGUAUCUAUGGGCUCUUCGUGAUUCUGCUCGUGGUGGGACUUGAUUUGCUGCUUAUUGGCUUCUCGUAUGGUCUCAUCCUACAGGCUGUGGUACGCCUCGACUCUCAAAAUGCCAUCUUCAAAGCUCUCAACACCUGUUCGGCCCACCUCUUUGUCAUCAUUGUCACUUAUGUGCCUGCACUGUUUUCCUCCUUCACCCACCGCAUUGGUCUCAAUAUCCCACCUGAAGCCCACAUUCUCCUUGCCAAUCUCUACCUUCUUCUACCUUCAAUGCUCAACCCCAUCAUCUAUGGUAUAAAAAUGAAGAAAAUACAAGGCAAGGUGGCCAAAUGCCUGUGCAAAAAAACCUGCAUAGGCUAUGGGUCCACACAACAAACUUGAGAGUAAUAAAACCUUUGAGCCUUUGCCCAACCAUUCAAGACCCAGCUAUAUCUCCAAAUGAGUUAUGAAAGAAUAGACUCAUAUUCUUUCAUAUGAGUGUGUGUGUGGUGGCCUUCAUGAAGACCCAGUAUAUUUGUUUAUCUCAUUGAUCUACAAAAAAGGGAGAGGCUAAGAAAGCUCUUUCUAUGACUUAAUAGCACCCAUGAUAUGGACCUCUUAGUAACCUUCACUUCUGUGUGCAUGUUUAUUAACUACACACAAAAUUUCUCUGUAAAUGAUCCAAGAUUAUCUUUCCUUGCCUUGAUAGAAAGUUUAUACUUGCUUCAGUUCUCUCUAUUCUAUUUCUCUAAGUCUCUGUGUCUGUUUCUAAGUAGUGUCUUAUUGCUGAAAGGAAUCUGACAUACUCAUUCUUUGGAUACCACCUUAACAUGUAAUAACUUUUUAAGAAACUGGCCUUUUCACCAAUAAUUUUCAAUGUAAUGGCAAUACAGCAUGUUCACAAUACCAAUCAGAUGAUUGUGAUGAUGUGGAUGCCUAUGACAAAAGUGAAGGAAAUUGAAGGUUCCAUAAAUAGAUUCAGGGACUGUUUAGAUACACAUAACAGAAAGUUUCACUGCAAAGAAAAAUACCUGUCCAGAUGAUUAAUUUAAGAGACUCUAACGAUCAGAAUCUUCAUCAUAAAAAAGCAUAUGUUAUGACAGUGAUCAGAAGG